AUGCGCUCAAUUACGUUCUGUCUUCUAUUCGCAUUCCUUAUCGUAUGUUUCGCUGAGGAAGUGUUGGAAUUCAGCCCUGACGAUAUUCCAGCCGACGCUCCCAUCAUACGAGAAAAGAGACAAUAUUGGGGAAGCUAUGGCGGGUAUGGGGGAAGAUGGCGUAGACGAUAUGGCUAUGGAGGUUAUGGUGGCUACGGUGGUUACGGCUAUGGUGGCUACGGUGGCUAUGGAAGAGGUGGCUGGUGGUAA